AUGCAACUGACCAAGUUUUUCACUCUCCUCGCCCUGGGAUACGGCGCCAUGGCGCAAGGUACACCCACAGACCCAGACCAGUCAUCGGAGACAGUGACAGCAACCCCCGUGCCCCCCAAGGACCCCGGCACAAGCUUCUUCUGCCAGUCAUCGGACCUCAAAAACCUGGACAACUCGGAGGGCAUCUGCAACGCCGCUGGCGGGAAGUACAACAUCUUCUCUGGGUGCUGUGUGGAUACUGCUGCCUCAGGCGCGGAGUCGUCUUAUACACAGGGCUGCAGCGACAACGGGGGCACCGUCAACAAGCUGUCCUCGGGCUCGUGUGACCUGGCUGCACACCAAUCAUCCGAAGGGCUGUCUCAGGCGGGCGGCUCGCAGGGCAUCCGCAACACCCCAGGUGGGAAAGACUGGAACCAGCACGCCCUUCGGCCGGAUAUCUCGGCCCUAACCGUCCAGGUCCUCGCCUCCACCAGCUCGGCACGCCUUCACUAG